GAUCCCUCCUCGCUUUUGCUCCAACACCGACGCCGAGCAGUCUGGCCGGCUCGAUCUUGCCAAGCCAAGGCAGGCAGCACUAGCCCCUCUGGAACAAGGAGUCCCCUCCCCAAGGUCAUGAAGCUGUUGGAGAACUCCAGCUUUGAGGCCAUCAACUCACAGUUAACUGUGGAGACUGGAGAUGCCCACAUCAUUGGCAGGAUUGAGAGCUACUCAUGUAAGAUGGCGGGAGAUGACAAGCACAUGUUCAAGCAGUUCUGCCAGGAGGGCCAGCCCCAUGUACUGGAGGCACUCUCCCCACCCCAGACCUCGGGCCUCAGCCCCAGCAGACUGAGCAAGAGCCAAGGUGGUGAGGACGAGGGCCCCCUCAGCGACAAAUGCAGCCGAAAGACCCUCUUCUAUCUGAUUGCCACACUCAAUGAAUCCUUCAGGCCAGAUUAUGACUUCAGCACAGCCCGAAGCCAUGAGUUCAGCCGUGAGCCUAGCCUCAGAUGGGUGAUGAAUGCAGUCAACUGCAGCCUGUUCUCCGCUGUGCGAGAAGACUUCAAGGCCCUGAAGCCACAGCUGUGGAACGCAAUGGAUGAAGAGAUCUGCCUGGCUGAAUGCGACAUCUACAGUUAUAACCCAGACCUGGACUCAGACCCCUUUGGGGAGGAUGGCAGCCUCUGGUCCUUCAACUAUUUCUUCUACAACAAGCGACUCAAGCGAAUUGUCUUCUUCAGCUGUCGCUCCAUCAGUGGUUCCACCUACACACCCUCGGAGGCAGGUAAUGAACUGGACAUGGAACUAGGGGAGGAAGAAGUGGAAGAAGAAAGUGGAGGCAGAGGCAGUGAGGGUGGGGCUGAGGAGACCAGCACCGUGGAGGAGGACAGGGUCCCAGUGAUCUGUAUGUGAUGAGAAGAGCAGAGGCCCCAGCUUCAUUCAGCUUCAACCAAUGCCUGGACCUGCCCACCUGAGGGGCCCAGGACCUCCCCAGCUGAUGGCCAUACCCUGCCGCUGCCACAAUCCUGGUGCUGCACAAGGUCACACCUGCCUAGCCUUUUGGUGCCAGCCUAUGGAUGUCCACUCACCCCUGCAGGAUCUAACUGCCCAUGUUGUGGCUGGACUAGACAGCACAAGGCCUUGUGGGAAGAAUGACUGCCCUGCUCAGAUGGACUGCCAUAAGCAGGGAUGGACCACAGAGUUUAUUUUUGUAUUUCCUACUGGUCCUGCACACUCCAGCCCCAAGGACCAGUGUCCUGAGGCUCCGCAAGCAGGCCCUAGUGGUCAAUGGCUCUGGUCUUGGGCCAGCCCCUGGUGCCCAUCUGUCCCCCCACUUUACCAGGAGGACUGUGUGCACUGUCACUUUGC